AUGGAAUCGGAUGAGAGCGAAUCGGAAUCGUCAUCAAAUGAUGAGAAUUUCGAGGAUGCCGUCGAUAAUUUAGGAUCUUUACCGGAUAUUUUAUUAAACUCUUCCAAAGCUACUCUCUGUCAAGCGAAACGUCCGAUCGAUGCGAGCCAAGGCGAUUUCGAUACUGUGAGAUCCUUGCAACUAAAUACUCCACAUGUUAUAUAUGCGAAUUUACCAUCAUCUUUUUUAAAUACUCCGUCUGUUGCGAAAGAUAAUGCAACAUUGCGUCGUGGUCGUCUGAGUAUUCUUAGACAUCGAAUGAAAAACGAAUUUAGUGGAAUGAUUCCAAAUAUUUUCCCUUGUUCAGUGGAUGAUGAUGCUGCUUCAACAAGCGAUAAUACUUCGCUAGCAUCAUGGGGACGCAAUCUUCUAAUGGAUUGUUCUUCUGCAAACAUAGGACCAUUUUUUCCUGCUGAUUCUCUCAGUACAAAAGCUUUUUCGAUGCAAAAAUCACCAAAAAGGCAUGAAUCAAAUAAUUUCUAUAUUCAUAAAAUUCAAAAUCAUGAAAUAUCGGAACAAAUCGCAAGUGUAUCUCCGCCACCACCUUUUUAUCCUCCUCCGCCUCUUCCAACUUCUUUUCAUAGUGCUUUAUCAAAAAUUAACUUGCCUCCUCCUAACAGCAUUCCUCCACCCUUACCGCCAAGAAGACCAACAUCACUAUUGCCUGCUGUUUUACCUGUUUCUCAAGUUAUUUUACAGCAGAAAAAGAAUGAUUUUAAAAAGCCAGUAAUAUCUUGUGAUGCUUUCGCGCGUAUUCGUGGUCAUGUAAAGACAAAAUCGUUAGAUAGAGGUUUAAGUUUAGCAAAGAGUAUGAAGACGGGUCCUUUUCCUCCACCUUCAAACAAGAGUAAUUCAUUAAAACGAGAAUUCUCAACUGAUGCUUCUGAUCCGUCAAAAAUUUUGGCUCUUGAUGAUUGUGAAGAAGCUUUACGAAACAGCGAUGCUCAAGGAAUUAUCAGUCAAAUUACAUCCUCAAUAUUGACUGAAGAUCCAUUGAGGGAGGAAAAAGAUAACGGCCGUCUCUCUUCGGUCGGUGAAGAAACAAAUCUAUCCGCUUCAAUUUCUACAUCGCCAUCCUCUACGAAAGUUGAAAGAAAUAAUAUCGAUUCACCACUUCAAAAAAUUGAAAAUUCAGGAUUUCGUAUGUCGCAACAGAACACAGCUGCUGAAGUAUUUAGUCAUGUGAAACAUAGAAUCAAAUCGGAUUUACCUUUAGAAGAGUUUGAGUUGGUCCAACGAGAUGAACUAAAAAGUCUUGAUAAUGAUGAAUUUAUUGAUCCGAUAACAAGAGAUGUUGAACGGCGAAUGAGCAUGAAAGAAAAGAUAAACGAAGUUAAAGGAAACAUAGAAAGCGGUCAGACAUCUGGAACAUUUCAAGCAACUGGUAACUUACAGAAGGCUGCUUCAUUUGUAAAAGUUUACGGGACAUAUGCAACUGAGUUAUUUCGUGGUGCUUUUUGUAAGGCUAAAAGCAUUGUGUCAUCUAACUCAACUGUAACAAAAUUGACGAAAGAUGAUGAAGAUAGUUGCGGUGAUAAUGAAAAAGAUAAUAUAAGUGAAGGGACUCCAAUUGUACGAUCUAAAAAUACGAAAAAAGGACCAUUUGAUUUUGAUGGCACCCGAUUAGUUCAAGAAUUAAAUAACGAGCACACGGGUGCAGUCUGGUGUAUGAAAUUUUCUCUGUGUGGGCGACUUUUAGCAACAGCUGGUCAAGAUAAUAUUAUUCGUGUUUGGGUUCUUCGAAAUCAUUUAGCUUAUUUUAAUAAGAUGCGAGAUCGCUACAAUUCACAGUUAAAAAGUUCGAAUGUUUCAUUAAAUGAAACUUCACUACAAAAGGCUAUGCAAGAAAUCGAAAAAGAUUAUCAUUCAUCUUCGAAUACGUUGGGAAAUAGUGUUGAUUCUUCCGAUGAUGAUCCAAAUGCUGACUCAACUUUCUUUGUAAUGGCUCCUAAACCACUUUGCUCGUAUCGUGGUCAUACUGCGGACGUUUUGGAUAUAUCGUGGUCGAGGAAUUAUUUCAUUCUUUCUUCCGGGAUGGAUCGAACUGUUAAAUUAUGGCAUUUAUCACGGGCAGAAUGUCUUUGUUGUUUUCAGCAUAUUGAUUUUGUUACUUGUAUCGCUUUCAUGCCUAAAGAUGAUCGGUAUUUUUUAUCCGGCUCUUUGGAUGGAAAACUUCGAUUAUGGCACAUUCCUGACAAGAAAGUUGCGUUAUGGAAUGAGGUUGAACAGGUUAAAUUUAUCACUGCUAUCGCUUUCGUUAAAAAUGGUAAAUUUGCUGCUGUCGGUACUUACGAUGGACGUUGCUUUUUUUACACUACUGACCAGCUGAAAUAUCAUACAGUCAUAGAUGUGAGGUCAAGCCGUGGCAAAAAUUCCAGAGGUCAUAAGGUGACUGGUUUGGCUGUUUAUGGAGAUAAAUUAUUGGUGACAUCAAAUGAUUCUCGAAUAAGGAUGUAUGAUCUGAGGGAUAUGGCUCUAACUUGUAAAUUCAAAGGAGUGCAGAAUGAAAGAAGUCAGAUACGAGCAUCAUUUUCUCCAGAUGGCAAACAUAUUGUUUGUGGUAGUGAGGAUCAUUAUAUUUAUGUGUGGACGACAUCAGAUUUGCUUUCGCCUCUUACCGUUAGAAAAGACAGAAAUGAUUUUUGGCAGCGUAUUCAAUGUCAUUCUGCAGGCGUAACUGCAGCAAUUUUCGCACCUCGUCCACAAUUAUUUCUGUCACUGUUAGAAAAUCGACGUGCUGGUGAAAAUAAACGAUUUGAUACUUUACCACACAUUAAAGAAACUGAUUCGCGUCAGCUUUAUGGAGAUGUUAUUAUUUCUGCUGAUCUUACGGGUUCAAUUAAAAUUUUUGCUAAUCGUACGAGAAUUAGAGCUGGUGGCUCAAAUUUUUUUACAACUGAUGUCAUCACUUAA